GCCAUACGGUGGCGGUACCGAUCGGGGCCUUUUCACAUGAUGCAGGGGCAGUAGAGAGAGCGAUAGUGAGAGGAGGAGGAGGGAGGCUGCUGCUCCUCCACUGUGUCGAAGAUGGCGGUGUCUGUGUUUUCCAACGUGCGGCUCCUGUCGAUCGGAGACGCCAACGGGGACAUCCAGCGGCACUCGGAGAACCAACCGCUGCGGCUGGAGGUGAAAACCACGCAGGACGCCGCCAUGAUCAGCCUGAAUAACAAGGAGACGUGCGUGUUUAAGUGCUCGGUGUCCCGGGAGACAGAGUGCAGCCGCGUGGGCAAGCAGUCCUUCAUCGUCACGCUGGGAUGUAACAGCGUCCUGCUGCAGUUUGCCACAGUCACAGAUUUCUCAUCCUUCUACAACAUUCUCAAGAACUGCCGGGGACACAAUGUGGAGCGUUCUGUGUUCAGUGAAAGGACGGAGGAGUCGUCUGCCGUGCAGUACUUCCAGUUCUACGGCUACCUCUCUCAGCAGCAGAACAUGAUGCAGGAUUAUAUUCGGACUGGAACAUAUCAGCGUGCAAUCCUUCAGAACCACACUGACUUCAAGGAUAAGGUGGUGCUGGACGUGGGCUGUGGCUCUGGGAUUCUCUCGUUCUUCGCUGCUCAGGCUGGGGCCCGGAAGGUCUACGCCGUGGAGGCCAGCACCAUGGCGCAGCACGCGGAGGUGCUGGUGAACAGUAAUGGGCUAGCAGACCGGGUGGUGGUGAUCCCGGGCAAGGUGGAGGAGGUGGCCCUGCCCGAGCAGGUGGACAUCAUCAUCUCAGAGCCUAUGGGCUACAUGCUCUUCAACGAGAGGAUGCUGGAGAGCUACCUGCACGCCAAGAAGUUCCUCAAGCCCAAUGGUAAUCUGUUUCCCACCAUCGGUGAUGUGCACCUGGCCCCCUUCACAGAUGAGCAGCUAUACAUGGAGCAGUUCACCAAGGCCAAUUUCUGGUAUCAGCCGUCUUUCCACGGUGUGGAUCUCUCAGCCCUGCGAGGUGCAGCUGUGGAUGAGUACUUCCGGCAGCCAAUCGUGGACACCUUUGACAUUCGGAUCCUUAUGGCCAAGUCUGUAAAGUACACCGUCAAUUUCCUGGAGGCCAAGGAGGAUGACCUGUACAGGAUAGAGAUCCCGUUCAAGUUUCAUAUGGUCAGUUCUGGCCUAGUGCACGGACUCGCCUUUUGGUUCGACGUGGCUUUCAUUGGCUCAGUUAUGACCGUCUGGCUGUCCACGGCCCCCACGGAGCCGCUCACCCACUGGUACCAGGUGCGCUGCCUGCUUCAGUCUCCCCUUUUCGCCAAAGCUGGGGAUACCAUGUCAGGGACGGCUCUGCUGAUCGCUAACAAGAGGCAGAGCUAUGACAUUAGCAUCGUAGCACAAGUAGACCAGACAGGCUCCAAGUCCAGCAACCUCCUGGAUCUGAAGAACCCAUUUUUUAGGUACACAGGCAGUACGCCCACCCCUCCCCCCGGGUCACACUACACCUCUCCUUCUGAGUCAAUGUGGAACUCUGGUACUGCUUAUAAUAUGGGCCAAGGAAUUGCAUCAUCAGGGAUGCCCACGGCCUAUGACCUCAGCACAGUAAUUGGGAGCAGCCCCUCCGUGUCCCACAACAACCUCAUCCCCCUUGUGAACACGGGCGUAGUGAACCAUACUCACUCCAGGACAGGCUCCAUCAUGAGCACGGGCGUCGUCCAGGGGACAUCUACAGGACAGAUCGGGCCCAGCAGCAGCAGCAGCCCCUACUACCCCAUUAACAGCCAGUUCACCAUGGGCGGCCCCGCUAUCUCCAUGGCAUCCCCCAUGCUGAUUCCUAGCAACACCAUGCACUACGGCAGCUAA